AUGAAGAGUCAGAAGUGUUGCGUUCAUUGUCCUGGGAAAUUAAUCACCUCGGAGAGCGAGUCACACGCAUGCUGCCAACCGCGAUACGUUUCGGGAAAUUUAAGAAUAUCUUCCUUGGACAAGAAUGUGUCAGACGGUUGCAGAGGGAGAGACGUUGAGGGAGAUCCUCCGCAGCCACUACCAGAGAAUCGAUCAGCCUGUUACGAUCAAUUCGCCAUAGCGAAGAAGCUUCAUGCAGAGAACUUGGAGCAUCAACCGCUCCCUGAUAGAGUUGACGAUUCUGUUUUUAAAAAUGUCGAGUCACAAGAAUCACGUCGCGAUGCAGUCGCAUCGAGCAAAUGCUGCAGACAUUGCAAGCACGAAAUGGAAGAUCAUUCUACGAGCUUGGCCAAACGCUACGGGCCAGUGUUGGGCUGCAAGAAGCCCAAGACGAAGAUGGACUUAGCUAUUUGUUGGGAAACUCCAUUAAAUCCAGUUUAUGAACCGUCUAGGCCUACUCACAUCGAUGGUUCAGAAGGUGGACUCGCGCCAGCUAUAUUUACUCUUGUUCAACAUGGUACCAGUUCUGGAACUUCGAGGUGUGACAAGAGUUGCAAAUGUGGCCGACGCCACUGCAAAUUACAGGGGGAUUCGAAUCGCUCGAGAAACGAAAAUAAGAAAGCGGAUAAUAAAAGCAGCAGAUGUUGUUGCGAUUGUCUUUGUAAAAGCUUGAAUGCAAUGAAAGUUUCGAAGCAAGUUCAAGUUGAAGAACGACCAACGGCAGGACAUUUCAGAAAGUGCGUCGCCUGCAAAAGCCGAACAAGGAACACUCGCGAAGAUCCUAGAUUGAUCAAAUCAGCUGUUGGAUUGGCACUGGGUACCGAAAAGCCUGGCACAGGCCAUCAAAGAGGCGAAAGCAAGGCAACGAUAUCGAAACCAAAAUCACCUUCUACUAGGAAGUCCUUUUGCAUCGACACUCUAACUCCUCCAUUCAGUGUAGCCAAUGGAUGUAGAGACGCUGGUUUUCCAGAACACUGGAGACUCAUGUCGGUUUAUCAACAGUCGUAUAGAAAUCCGUACAGGCGGAGAGUUUAUCGUUGUUAA